AUGAUAAACAACCAUUCUCAACAGCAAGCAGAUGAAUAUAGAAACGAUGAGAGUGAAAUAUCAACAGAAAAUGAUGUGUUGAACGAAGAAGCAAACGUUGCUAUUGCUGCUAAUGGCAGCAUCGCACAGCCAUCUUCUCGCGUGACGUUAUUCAAUCGUUUUUCUGGUAUUAUCUACUGUUUAUUAUCAGCAUUUUUAUUUACAGUACCGAUGUUUAUUAUAAAACAACUGAAAGUUGAUUUAUUUGAUGCUUUGUUGCCGCGUUUCAUAUUACAAGUAAUUAUUUUCCCAAUCUAUCUCAAGAUAAAAGGGCAGAACAUAUUGAAUGGAACAAAACAAAUGCAUUUCCUCGUUUUCAUGACAUGUGUGUUCGCCACACUUGGUUAUAUUGCCUUUUUUGUUGGUUACAAUUAUUUGCCGCUGCCAGAUUUAACAACCAUUCGUUAUUCUCAAGUUAUAUGGACAGCCAUAGCCGGAAUGAUCUUAUUUCGUCAAAAACCAACCGUACCGCUCGUCAUCGGUAUUAUAUUGACGGUGACCGGUAUAAUAUUAGUUGCACAACCAACAUUUUUGUUUAAUACUAAGCAGCAACACACUCAGAUAACAUACAAUACUACUACUAACAUUACCCUUAUAAAACCUCACAUAUCAUAUCAUCUAGUUGGUUUUACCCUAGCAUUAUUAUGUUCUAUUUUUCAAUCGAUCAAUGUUCUUAUUAAUAAAAAGAUCUAUUCAACGUACAAAAUUCAACAUGUUUACAUUCUACUAAUGUUUUCUAUUCAAUUUCUUAUUGUGUUAAUCAUUAAUUUACUUUACAAAUAUUUUGUCAAACAUUUUUUGUUAUCAACAUUUUUGACAUGGCAAUACUUGGUAUCAUCUGUUGUUUGUCUCCUGACGGGUGUAUCAUCUAUACUCAUUUUAAUGUCCAUCAAACGUGAACAUCCAUCGGUAUUUACAGUAGUUCAAACAAGCGAUAUUCUAUUUGCUAUGUUACUCCAAAAUAUAUUUACCAAGGUUAAAUCAAAUUUAUUUGUUCUAUUAGGAUCCUCAUUGGUUUUAAUAAGUAUUUUCUUAGUGGCUGGUCAUAAGCUUUAUUUAGAUCGAAAAAAAGCACAACCCAUGACAGUGGAAAAUAAACACAAAACUUAA